UCGGCGCCUGCGCUGUGAGGCGAGGCCUAGCGGAGCCUGAGCAGCAGCGGCGAUGUCGGAGUCGGAGAGCGGCGAGGAGGAGGAGGAAGAAGAGGAGGAGGAGGAGGAGGGCUGCGAUGGUGGCCGGGCCUUGCCCUUCUCCUUGGCCGGCUUCCUCUUCGGGAACAUCAACGAAGAGGGGCAGCUGGAGGGCGAGGGGCUGCUCGACCAGGAAUCCAAGAAGCAUUUGGCCGGACUCGGGGCGCUGGGCCUGGGGAGCCUCAUCACCGAAAUCACAGCCAGCGAAGACGAUGCUUCUGAGGCAGAUGGAGCCCAGAUGGAUGAGGAAGGCUGGGUUAAGAGCACCGAAGACGCUGUGGAUUAUUCGGAUAUUAAUGAGGUGGCUGAAGACGAGAGCCGCAGGUACCGUCAGGCAAUGGGCAGCCUCCAGCCAGCUCAGAAGACAGAUGACGAUGAUGACUACGAUGCCGAUUCUGAAGACAUUGAUUCCAAGCUGAUGCCUCCUCCUCCUCCGCCUCCAGGGCCAGUGAAGAAGGAAGAUGAAAAGGAAGCCGCUUCUUUGGGCUCUGAAGAUGGCGACGGCAUCAUUCUGCCCUCCAUCAUUGCUCCUUCUACCACAGAGAAGAUGGAUUCCAGCAGCUCUUCAGAUUCCGAAUCAGAGAUGGGGUCCCAGGACUCGAGGAAGGCAGAGUCCAAGGAAGGCAAGCUCACGCUGCCCUUGGCGGGGAUCAUGCAGCGAGAUACCACCAAGCCACUGCCGAGUGUCACGGAGCUCUUUCCUGAAUUCCGUCCAGGCAAGGUGCUCCGAUUCCUGCGCCUCUUUGGCCCUGGGAAGAAUGUCCCGUCGGUUUGGCGAAGUGCCCGCCGGAAGCGCAAGAAGAAACACCGGGAAUCAUUUCCGGAAGUGCAAGUCCAGGAGGGAGAAACGGUGCCCGAGGCUGGCACAGAAGGGAAAUCCCCUUGGGUUUAUGAAUAUGCCCCACCGCCUCCUCCGGAGCAGUGUCUUUCUGACGAUGAGAUCACCAUGAUGGCCCCUGUGGAGUCCAAGUUCUCCCAGUCGACAGGAGAUGCAGACAAAGUGGCAGACACCCGGCCCAAGGUGGCUGAGUGGCGCUAUGGGCCUGCUCAGCUCUGGUAUGACAUGCUGGGUAUCCCUGAAGACGGCAGUGGCUUUGACUACGGGUUCAAGCUGAAAGAUCCAAAAGAGGACAAAGAGGAGAGUACUGAGGCUGAGAAGGAUGAGCUGCUGGCUGAUGAACACUUCCUUAUGGUCACCCAGCUGCAGUGGGAAGAUGACGUGAUCUGGAACGGAGAGGACAUCAAGCACAAAGGGACCAAAACACAGCGGGCUAGUUUGGCAGGUUGGCUGCCCUCCAGCAUGACCCGGAAUGCCAUGGCCUACAACGCCCAGCAAGGGCUGAACCGCAGUGGAUCUCUGCUCAACUUGCCCGUUCCUCUGGUGCAGAAGCCCAACAUGGCAGGAGUUCUGGGCCUUGCCAAGGGAAAGGAGAAGCAGCUCCAAGACCAGCAAGCAUCCCUGGAUGAAGACAAGCCAUGGUUCUCCAUUUUCCCCAUUGACAACGAAGAGCUGGUCUACGGCCGUUGGGAGGACAACAUAAUCUGGGACGAUGAGGCGAUGGAGUCUGUUUUGGCCCCACCGGUCUUGACCCUGGACCCAAAUGAUGAAAAUAUCAUCCUGGAAAUUCCUGAUGAGAAGGAAGAGAUGACCUUAAACUCUCCUUGCAAGGAGAACAAGAAGGAGUCUUCCCUAAAGAAGAGCCGUAUCCUCUUGGGCAAAACGGGGGUCAUCAAGGAAGAGCCUCAGCAGAAUAUGUCCCAGCCAGAAGUGAAGGACCCCUGGAACCUCUCCAAUGAUGAGUUUUAUUAUCCCAAGCAGCAGGGCCUUCGCGGGACCUUUGGAGGCAACAUCAUCCAGCACUCGAUCCCAGCCGUUGAGCUCCGCCAGCCUUUCUUCCCCACCCACAUGGGACCCAUGAAGCUGCGCCAGUUCCACCGGCCACCUUUGAAGAAAUACUCCUUUGGGGCCUUGUCCCAUUCAGGCCCUCAUUCUGUGCAGCCGCUGCUGAAGCAGAUCAAGAAGAAAGCCAAGAUGCGAGAACAGGAGCGGCAGGCCUCUGGUGGUGGGGAGAUGUUCUUCAUGCGCACCUCGCAGGAUCUUACUGGCAAGGAUGGCGAUCUCAUUCUGGCAGAGUACAGUGAGGAAAACGCCCCCUUAAUGAUGCAAGUGGGGAUGGCAACCAAGAUCAAGAACUACUACAAGCGGAAACCGGGCAAGGAUCCGGGUGCUCCUGACUGUAAAUAUGGAGAGACCGUAUACUGCCACACCUCCCCCUUCUUGGGAUCCCUUCACCCAGGCCAGCUGCUCCAGGCAUUUGAAAACAAUCUCUUCCGGGCUCCGAUCUAUCUUCACAAGAUGCCUGAGACAGACUUCCUGAUCCUCCGCACACGGCAAGGGUACUACAUCCGGGAGCUGGUGGACAUCUUUGUCGUUGGACAAGAGUGCCCUCUCUUUGAAGUUCCUGGGCCCAACUCCAAACGGGCCAAUACACACAUCCGAGACUUCCUGCAGGUCUUCAUAUACCGCCUCUUCUGGAAAAGCAGAGAUCGUCCCCGGAGGAUACGCAUGGAGGACAUUAAGAAAGCAUUUCCUUCCCACUCGGAGAGCAGCAUUCGGAAGCGACUAAAAUUGUGCGCAGACUUCAAGCGCACUGGGAUGGACUCCAACUGGUGGGUUCUGAAGCCAGACUUCCGGCUCCCAACUGAAGAGGAGAUUCGAGCGAUGGUAUCCCCAGAGCAGUGUUGUGCCUACUACAGCAUGAUCUCUGCUGAGCAGCGCUUGAAGGAUGCAGGUUAUGGGGAGAAGUCCUUCUUUGCCCCAGAAGAAGAAAAUGAGGAAGACUUCCAAAUGAAAAUAGAUGAUGAGGUGCGCACAGCUCCCUGGAACACCACACGGGCCUUCAUUGCAGCCAUGAAGGGGAAAUGCCUCCUUGAAGUGACUGGUGUGGCAGACCCCACAGGCUGUGGGGAAGGAUUCUCGUAUGUUAAGAUCCCAAACAAACCAACACAGCAGAAGACACCCUCUAGGAAGCAUGGAGGCAUUUUUGUCCAUGUUUCUAGUCCCCCGCGGCCACUUCCUGAAAAACAGGAUGAUAGGGAGCCCCAGCCGGUGAAGAAGACGGUGACGGGGACAGACGCAGAUCUCCGGCGCCUGUCUCUCAAAAACGCAAAGCAGCUUCUGCGCAAGUUUGGCGUUCCGGAAGAGGAGAUCAAGAAACUCUCCCGCUGGGAGGUGAUUGACGUUGUGCGCACCAUGUCCACGGAGCAGGCUCGUUCAGGCGAGGGCCCCAUGAGCAAAUUUGCUCGUGGCUCUCGCUUCUCUGUCGCAGAGCAUCAGGAGAGGUACAAAGAGGAGUGCCAGCGCAUCUUUGACCUGCAAAACAAGGUCCUGGAGUCCACAGAGAUCUUGUCCACAGACACGGACAGCAGCUCUGCUGAGGACAGCGACUUUGAGGAGAUGGGGAAGAACAUUGAGAACAUGCUUCAGAACAAGAAGACCAGCUCCCAACUGUCCAGGGAGAGGGAGGAGCAGGAGCGGAAGGAGCUGCAAAGGAUGCUCAUGGGGGAGGACUGUGGCAAUGACAAGGAGAGGAUGAAGAAGGACAAGAGGGACAAGAAAGGGCUGCGUGAGUGCUGGGCAGUGCAAGCCUCCACAUCCGGAAACCUGGGAGGCUCUCACAAAGAUGACGACACUGCCUCGGUUACCAGCCUCAAUUCCUCUGCCACUGGGCGCCGCUUGAAAAUCUACCGCACCUUUUGUGAUGAGGAUGGGAAGGAAUACGUGAGAUGUGAGACAGUCCGCAAGCCAGCAGUCAUUGAUGCCUACAGCAGAAUCCGGACUACCAAGGAUGAUGAGUUCAUCCGGAAGUUUGCCCUCUUUGAUGAACAGCAUCGAGAGGAGAUGCGGAAGGAGAGGCGCCGGAUCCAAGAGCAGCUGAGGCGGCUGAAACGGAACCAAGAGAAGGAGAAGUUGAAAGGCCCGCCCGAAAAGAAGCCCAAGAAAAUGAAAGAGCGGCCAGACCUGAAGUUGAAGUGUGGUGCCUGCGGUGCCAUUGGGCACAUGAGGACCAACAAGUUCUGCCCGCUCUACUACCAAACCAACGCGCCUCCCUCCAACCCCGUGGCAAUGACAGAGGAGCAAGAGGAGGAGCUGGAGAAGACUGUCAUUCCCAAUGACAAUGAAGAGCUGAUCAAAGUGGAGGGGACCAAGAUAGUCUUAGGGAAGCAGCUAAUUGAGAGCGCAGAUGAGGUUCGCAGGAAGUCCUUAGUUCUGAAGUUCCCAAAGCAGCAGCUUCCACCAAAAAAGAAACGGCGCGUGGGAACCACUGUGCAUUGUGACUACUUAAACCGACCUCACAAAUCCAUCCACCGUCGACGCACAGACCCAAUGGUAACGCUGUCCUCUGUCCUGGAAGGCAUGAUCAACGACAUGCGAGAUCUUCCCAAUACGUACCCCUUCCACCAGCCUGUUAAUGGGAAGGUGGUCAAAGAUUAUUACAAGAUCAUCACAAAACCCAUGGACCUGCAGACCCUGCGUGAGAACGUCCGUAAGCGCCUCUAUCCGUCCCGUGAGGAGUUCCGAGAACAUGUGGAGCUGAUUGUGAAGAACAGCGCCACGUACAACGGCCCGAAGCACUCCCUAACCCAGAUCUCUCAAUUGAUGCUGGACCUGUGUGAUCAAAGGCUGAAAGAGAAGGAAGAUAAACUGGCUCGUUUGGAAAAGGCGAUUAACCCCCUUCUGGACGACGACGACCAAGUGGCCUUCUCCUUUAUCCUGGACAACAUUGUCACCCAGAAGAUGAUGGCCGUUCCAGAUUCUUGGCCUUUCCAUCAUCCUGUAAAUAAGAAAUUUGUGCCAGAUUAUUACAAAGUUAUUGUCAGCCCAAUGGACCUGGAAAGCAUCCGCAAGAAUAUCUCCAAACAUAAAUAUCAGAACCGAGAGGUCUUUCUGGAUGAUGUGAACCUGAUCCUUGCCAACAGCAUCAGAUACAAUGGGCCUGACAGCCAAUACACCAAAACGGCCCAAGAGAUUGUCAACAUCUGCUACCAAACACUGGCUGAGUAUGAUGAACAUUUGACCCAGCUGGAGAGGGACAUCUCAACUGCGAAGGAAGCAGCCCUGGAGGAGGCUGACCUCGAGAGUCUCGACCCAAUGACCCCCGGUCCCUACACCCCUCAGCCACCAGAUUUGUAUGACACCAACACCUCUCUCAGCAUGUCGCGCGAUGCCUCGGUCUAUCAAGAUGAGAGCAAUCUGUCUGCUAUGGACACACCAACGACUACCCCUGAGAAGCAAGGGACACAGAUGCGGCAGGGCCGAGCUAGGCUGGGCGAGGAAGACUCUGACGUAGAUAUUGAAGGGUUUGAUGAGGAUGAGGAUGGGAAACCUAAGACUCCAGCCCCAGAGGUGGAGGAUGGGGACGGAGACCUGGCGGACGAGGAGGAAGGCUCGGCCCAGCAACCUCAGGCCAGCGUUCUUUACGAAGACCUGCUCAUGUCGGAUGGCGAGGAUGACGACGAUGGCAGCGACGAGGAAGGUGACAACCCUUUUUCGUCCAUUCAGCUGAGCGAAAGCGGGAGUGAUUCGGAAGUGGAGUCCGGUGAAAUGAGACCCAAGCAGCCACACGUCCUUCAAGAAAACACACGCAUGGGCAUGGAUAACGAAGAGAGCAUGAUGUCCUACGAAGGGGCCGGCGGGGAGACAUCGCAUGCCAUGGAGGACAGCAAUGCCAGCUACGGCAGCUACGAGGAACCUGAUCCAAAGUCCAACACCAGAGACACUAGUUUCAGUAGCAUUGGUGCCUAUGAGAUUUCUGAGGAGGAGGAGGAAGAGGAAGAAGAGGAGGAGGAGGAACAGCGGUGCGGUCCGAGCGUUUUAAGUCAGGUCCGUCUGUCGGAGGACGAGGAGGACAGCGAGGACUUCCAGUCCAUUGGAGGAGAUAGCGAUUUGGACUCAGAUGAGUAAAGCCACAUUCCGGACAACUUUGGGGGCCGGUCAGUAGCUUCAGGUGACCAAGACCCUCCUGGACUGGAACGGCCAUUUUGCUAUUUCUUCUCCACUGAAACGUGGCUUUGGGACCCUCUCUGCUGCUAAGAGGGUCUUGCUCCCUUUUGUAUCAUGUGUGUAUCAUGUGAGUUUGCAUGCUUUGCUCAUGUUUGUACAUUGAAUAGAGUUACUGUGGAUUGAAUUUCUUUUCUUUUUUGUCAUACGAAAGAGAUUAUGUUCCAGGUCCCAUUUUGCCAGUAAAUCCAGUUUGUAUGUUUUCCAA